UGGUUGCUGAGAAAGUUCAGGAAAGUGGAGGAGAUAACUGGGAAUUUGACGUAAUCUCGGCUUAGCAUUCCUUUUAAAUUUCCUGAGGGUUCAUUUUUUUUUUGGGGUAGAAUGAAUGUUCAUAUUUUUAGUACAAUAACAGUGCAACUCCGCUCCGGCCAGGUAAUUCUUGUGUUAAAUAGAUUGAUAUGUGUCAGGCCUAUUGAAAUGCUUUUGGUUCCUGGUCCAUUGCUCGAUUCAGGCUUGCUAUAUAACAAUAGGAGAAAAAGGAAUGGGUUAUGAACUGAAAAAGCCGAGUUUCUGCAACAAUAGAUUAGGGAGUGAUAGAGUUCAAUUUGAAGGGAAGAGUGGUGCAAUAUCUAUGAACUAUAAUCGGAUUCAAUUUGAAGGGACCGCAAUGCAGUAUCCGCAUAUAGGUUAUGGCACGGGUUAGAAAUUUAAUGUAAUGUUUUUUAAGCUGCAAACAACAAAGUUCAGUGGUCUUUUCCCUCUAUAAGUUUUUCUUUGCAAGGUAUUGCUAGCAGAUGUGCAGAUUGACUUUGUGGUUAAUAAAAUCUCCAUCAAUAGAAAUGGCUCUGCAUUGCUUUUGGCUGGUUCAGAUGGCCUAUGUGUUAUGUACCUCUAUGGACGAACUUCUGACAAGGACAAAGCCAUUGUUUGCAGGACUGUUUCAGUUGGUUCCCAAAUCUAUUUCAAUGAAAGCAAUUUGAUACGCACGCUGCAAGUUGCAUGGCACCCUUACAGUGAUACACAUUUAGGAAUCCUUUCUUCUGACUCUGUUUUCAGACUUUUUGAUUUGUCUUCAGAUCUCCUGCGACCAGAGCAGGAGUAUUAUCUACAGCCAGUCGAACCAGGUAGACCUAGACAUGCUGCAUCAAUCUGUCCAGUAGAUUUUUCUUUUGGAGGAGACCACUUGUGGGACAGGUUUAGCGUUUUUACUUUAUUCAGUGACGGUUCAGUUUAUAUCCUUUGCCCAAUUGUUCCAUUUGGAAGUGUCCACAAAUGGGAGUCAGUAUUGGAGAUAUAUAGAGAUGCCCACACAUUUGGCCUGAAAUCUGCAAAUCAGACAGCUGUUAGUAACUCUAAUCUAGCAAUCUCGUGGUUGGAAGCAACAUUUCCUGAGUUAGAUAAUGGGGCCAUGGAAGGGGAAAAUCUUUUGGCAUUAAAAGCUCGACCUUAUGUUUUAUUUGAUGCAUCACUUUGUUUACAGGGCCCUUUACAGAGAGUACAUGGUGGGGAAGAAGACUUGGAUGUUCGGGGUGUAGAAUGUGAAGGUCGUGCAGUCAGUUUUCUCUAUAAUGUCAUCAGCAAAGAUUCAAUUUUGGUGAUCGCAUGGAGUGGGGGGCAAUUGCAAAUAGAUGCACUGGCUGAUGAAAUCCAGCCAGUCUGGACUAUUGAUAACCCACCUCGUGUUCGUGUUGAUUCCCAUGACCGUAUUUGUGCUCUUGCAAUGAUUUGUGAAUUGACCUCGAGUGAGAUUCCUGUUGUGAAGCUUGAUCAACCACUUGAUCAUACUGUUUGGUUAAGUCAUCCACCGCCAUUGUUGAGACUUGCAAUUGUGGAUUUGGCUUUGCCUAGGAAAACAGAAAGUGGAUAUAAUAUUAUGAUGUUUUCUGAUCCUCUUAUGCCUGAAAGAAUCUAUUCAGUUCAUGAUGGUGGGAUAGAUUCAAUAUUGUUGCAUUUUCUUCCAUUUACCAGUCAGUCCAGUGGGAAGGAAGAGACUGUCCGAGCUCCCUCUGUGCAUCCUGUCCUUAGCACAUGCCAGGCAGAUAAGUCCUCACCCCUAUGUGGUUUUGAGGCAUUAUCAGAUUCAUUUGGAUACUCAUGGAUUAUAGGAGUCACCUCAAUGCAAGAAUGUUUUGUGCUUGAAAUGAAAACAUGGAAUUUACUGCUUCCCAUACAUGUUGAUGUGGAGAAGAAAUCCCCAAUCUCUGAAGAAUGGAAAGAGGGAGAAACUCCAUACAUCAUAAGCAAAGAACUUCUUAGUGGUCCUAAGGUGGUUCUUGUUCCUCAGGCCUCAUCAAAUCUUCGAUCUGUUGCUGCUGAUUCUAUUGAAGGCCGAUCAUCUCUGCAUCAGUAUUUCAAGCUUUUUCAUGAAAAUUAUGUUGAAUAUGCUCAUAAGGUGUUUUUCGAGCUCAAGCACCAUGGCCCUCACUUGAAGAGAAUCAUUGAUGACCAGCAUGCUCGCUUGAGUGAGGCACAAGAGAAGCUGUUGAAAGUGGAGGAGAAACAGUCAGGAUUGGGGGAGAGGAUUGAUCGUGCAAUCCAGGUACACAAUCUUCUGGAACAACGCUUGGAGCGCUUAAGGAAUUUGCCUGGUGCUCACAAGAAACCUUUGUCGAGAGCAGAGCGUGAAUUUAAGUCUGAGCUUGACCACUUUACAGGAGUUGAGUUGGAUGCUUUGCGUACUUCCAUUGAUACUUUAAAAUCAAGGUUGAGAAGGCACACACAAUCAUCAAAAGCUGAUGUGUUGAAUCAGCAAAGGCAACUUUCAGGGAAGAAUUAUGUCCAAGAUGUUCAAAUCUCCCAACUGAAAACUUCGCUAGCAAAACUCUCUCUUGUCAACAGUGAAAACUCCAAAAAAGUUAAGCUUGUUGAAUCUGUAUUAAAAGGUCAAGAAAGCAGUAGAUGAUGAAACAUACUACCUUUUUGGUUCUUGUCUUAGAUAUUGGUUUCCCAUGUUGGUUUGUAGUGCAAGAAUGCUAUUAGGUGCUUUUAUAUUGGACCCAUGUUGCUCUUGGACCAAAACAUUUGGAUUUUGGCAGGCGAAGUGUGAAAGAUGCUUUGGUCAGGAGGUUUUACUGUUGCAGAAAAGUAUAUACAGGUCAGAAUUCCUCUUCACAUCUGUGUCGACUUUAAUUCCUUUGUUCACGUUAUUACUGUAUCAUUAAUGAUAUAUUAUUAAGAGUUGUAGCUUUUA